AUGGAGGAGUCAUACGAUGAAGGUACAUGGCACCAUGACGAUCCUACUUCGAAGAUAGCUCGACGUCGGGUACGAAAGUCAGUGAGCAUGGAGCGAACUGUGGAAACCUAAGUGGUCCUCGACCAGUCCAUGAUUGAAUACCACAAGAACGAGGACAUCAAGACCUAUAUGCUCACCAUCAUGAAUCUGGUGGGUAAGUUUUACCGUGAUCCGAACAUAGGGAACUUGGUGAACAUCGCCCUCGUGCGUCUGAUCGUCUUAGAAGAUCAACAGGACGACCUGGAGAUCUCUAACAACGCAGACGACACAUUGAAUAGCUUCUGCGCAUAUUCCCUGAAGGACCUGUGCCGGGGUUCUGAUAUCUGCUUCACGUUAGGCUUGGCUCACGUGUCUGGCAUGUGUAAUAGGAAGCGAAGCUGUAGCAUCAACGAAGACAACGGCCUUGCUGUUGGGUUCACCGUGGCGCACGAGAUGGGACACAACUUUGGCAUGCAGCACGACGGCAUUGAUAACCCAUGCUCGUUUGACGAUGAUCCGAGUGGCCCAUAUGUGAUGUCUUCACGGGUUCCUAGUGGUCUUACACCCACAGCAUGGUCUUCCUGCAGCAGAGAAUACAUCACUCGUUUCCUAGACGUAGGAGUCAUGAGGAGAUCACGCAUGACAGCAGCUGCACAGGGCUCUCGGUGUGGGAAAGACAAGUGUAUCGAUAUCGAUGAACAUCCCGUGGUCAUCGAUGGCGGAUGGGGUCCAUGGAGCGAGUACUUUGAGUGUUCCCUGACGUGUGGACGGGCCGUCAAGUCUAAAGAGAGACAUUGUAACAACCCAAGUCCAUCUCAUGGAGGAAGAUACUGUGUUGGUGAGAGAAAGAAGUAUACCAUGUGUAAGCUUCAGUGCAGCACCUAUGAUACAAUCCAAUCGAAUGGUACCCAACUCGCAUGGAUUCCAGUCGAUGUCAAAGAUAAACCUUGUGAAUUGUUUUGCAGACGUCGUGAUCAAGCAUUGAUAAAGAAGAAGUCAGUUCACGUGACCAAUGGAACUCCUUGUACUUGCUUCUCACGUGAUAUCUGCAUUGACGGUAUAUGUCAGAUGGUUGGUUGUGAUAAUGUUGUCAGCUCAGGGGAGGUGGAGGACCGAUGCGGUGUAUGCCGCGGGGAUGGGUCAUCCUGCCUUACAAUUCAGGAUAGUUUCAACACGAAGUAUGGACGAGGUUAUGUGGAAAUCACCGUCAUCCCUGCCGGUUAUCAGCGUUCGAGUGUGAUCUGCAAAGAGUUGAUAGCCGGCUUGGUUGAUGACCGAUACUGUGAAGGCAUGAAACCAGACGAUAUGCAGCAGACAUGCAAUGAACAACAGUGCCCUGCCACAUCGUGGGAAGGGCCUUGGCAACACUGCACAGGAAGCUGUGGAGAGGAGGGGCACAGGCAGCGAUGCGUCUUCUGCAUACGUGGUUCCACUAACGGCGAACAGACUGUCCUCGAUGACGUCGACUGCCUUAGUCAGGGCCAGGAGAAACCCGUCACUGAGACAACAUGUGAGGUUGACCUUCACUGUGAAUCCAAUGACAACUGGCAAACAGGCGAAUGGUCGCAGGUUACAUCCAUCGGCUUCAGAUACUGCUACUCGUCUGCAACAUCAGUCUCAAGAGCCUUCGUUUGGGUGGUCAAAACAACCGUGGCAGCCGUUUGCAGGAAUACUCUCAGCACCACCAUGUGUUUGAUGAUCGUCCAAUCAGGAAGCUGCUCUCAAACACACUUUCGUGAAAGAUGCUGCAGAACCUGCGCCGAAGUCAGAUAGCGUUUCCUUUUGCGCAUGUAAUCUGUUGAACUUUGGACAGUACUGA